UUUUAUUUUAACGCAGAGCAGAGAACAACGAAAAAAUAUACGUCGGCAAAUUAUUUGUAAUUUUUAAACAAUUUAUUGCUAUUAAAUUGUAUUAAAAACAUUUAAUUAUUAUUUUAAAAGUAUUAUUUUGUUUUGUUUAGAGACGCAAGAUGAAGAUUAAGGAGUUGCAGAAGACGGUAAACAUAGCCUGGUCACCAUUGCCACAGCAUCCCAUUUAUUUGGCAGCCGGUACUGCUGCUCAACAAUUCGAUUCAAAUGCAAAUUCUAAUUUGGAAAUAUAUUCGACCAAUUUUAGUGAUCCCAGCUAUGAUUUAGAAUUGAAAGCCUCAGUGCCCAGCCAGUAUAGAUUUCAAAAACUUAUUUGGAGUCCCACGGGCUAUGGAGCCGCACAUGGCAAUGGUUUAAUUGUGGGUGGCUGUGAGGGCGGCCAUGUUAUGAUUUAUUCCCCUGCCAAAAUGUUGGCCAAUGAAGAUGGCCUCAUUGCCCGCCAGGACAAACACACUGGUCCUGUUAGUGGUUUGGACUUUAAUCCCUUCCAAACAAAUCUCUUGGCUUCGUGUGCUUCCGAAUCGGAGAUUUUUAUUUGGGAUCUAAACAACACCACCACCCACAUGAAUCCCGGCACCAAAACUCAACCCUUUGAAGAUGUUAAAAAUGUGGCCUGGAAUCGUCAGGUGCAACAUAUUUUGGCUUCCGUUUUCAGUUCACGUUGUGUGAUAUGGGAUUUGCGUAAAAGUGAACCAAUCAUUAAAUUAUCUGAUACACAGUCGAGAGUACGCUGGCAUGCCAUACAAUGGCAUCCUGAGGUGGCUACCCAGGUAUGGCUAGCUUCAGAGGAUGACCAGGCGCCGGUGGUGCAGUUGUGGGAUUUGCGUUAUGCCACCGCACCCGCCAAAACCAUGCAAAUACAUCAACGCGGUAUGUUGGGCAUGUCUUGGUGUCCUCGCGAUAUUGAUUUGAUGGUUUCUUGCGGCAAAGAUAAUCGCAUCUUCUGUUGGAAUCCCAAUACUCAAGCUCCGGAAGGUGAAAUUCUAUCUGAAGUAGCCACAACGGCCAGUUGGUAUUCAGACGUGCAAUGGUGUCCCAGAAAUCCCGCUUUAAUUGCCAGUUCCAGUUUGGAUGGCAAUGUUUCAAUUUAUUCGCUAUUCGGAGGUGUUCAACAGCAAGUACAAACCGCCAAUAAGAUAGCUGACUCUUUUCCAGGCAUGGAUCAGUUUGCUCAGGCACCUAUGCCCCAACAAACAGCUCCGGUGGUGUACCACGAUUUGAAAUAUGCUCCUAAAUGGAUAAAGAAACCCUGCGGUGUAACAUUUGGUUUUGGAGGCAAAUUGGUGUCUUUUAACAAUAAAUCCAAAACCAUUAAUAUUUCUCAAGUUACUACCGAGCCCAUCUUGGUGGAAAAAGCUAAAGCUUUGGAAAAAUCUCUAAGUGAGGCCAAUUUUAUAGAGUACUGUCGCCAAAAGGCCGAUGAAACAACCGAUCAAAAUGGUCGCUAUUUAUGGUAUUUCAUUAAAGCCAAUUUUGAACGUAAUCCCAAAGAAGAAAUUCUCAAUUUAUUGGGUUUCAACAAAGAAGAUAUUGACAGUAAAUUCUCAAAAUAUGUACCCGAAGAGGAAACAACUCAACAAAGCCAAGAUGUGGAUCAAUUAAACAAUCGUAUGGCUCAACUAACACAUCAACAGUUUGACAAUAAUACUGUAUUUGAUGGUAUUGCUGCUGCCCAAAAGGACUUGAAUAGUAGUGAAGAGCUACAGAAACCUUUGCCACAAUUCAAAAUACCCAAUGGAGAACAUGCCGACAGCCUUAUUACCGAAGCCAUACUUACCGGCAAUUUGGAGGCCGCUGUACAUUUAUGUCUCAAUUCCAAACGCACAGCCGAAGCCUUUAUAAUCGCUUCAACGGCUGGCAUAGAAUUCUUAACGAAAAUUCAAAACAACUAUUUGCAAGAACAACAAAACGAACUAUCAAAUGUUAUUUCCGCUCUAAUAACACGCGAUUGGAUGGAUUUUGUUACACGUUGCACCAUCGACUCCUGGAAAGAGGCUUUAGUAGCCGCUCUCAAACACAGUGAACGUAAAGUGGUCGAUAUCUGUGAAAAACUAGGUGAUCGCCUGUUGAAAGAGUCUACCGCCUCGUCAAACAUUGAGUACACACGCAAUGCUAUGCUGUGCUAUAUAUGUGCUGGUAACAUUGAUAAAUUGGUGUUGGCUUGGUAUCAAAUGAAGCAAUUGGAACAUCAAAAUACCAAUUAUAAAUUGAAUACCGAAGAGUUGCAAGAGUUGGCGGAAAUCGUGAUGUUAAUGAACAAAUCACUGGAAGAGCAGGGUAUAGCGGUUGAGUUGAACUCUAAAGUGGCUGAUUUUAUUAAGGAAUAUGGUGGUUUGUUGGUGGCCCAAGGAGCUUUCACUGCGGCUCUGUCUUAUAUCAUGGAAAUUAAAGCAUCGGCUUCACAUCCAGAUUUGGAUGAUUUGAAACAAAGAAUCUAUAGUAUUGUGCAACCGGCACAGCCUAAACCGGUGCAAGUGCCAAGCCAACAGCAAACUAUGCCACAGCAAGGCAUGUAUCAACGUCAACAACAGCCCAGAGGUUCAUUUUCGCAAAUGUCAGCUGGAGGAAAUAUGGGUGGUUAUCCGGGAGCAGCAGCACCAACUGCCAUGCAGCCACCAGUCAGCAUGACCAAUCCUUAUGGACCACCAGCUGCUAAUACUUGGAAUUCGAAUCCAGUAAACAAUCCCAUGACUUCGCCCUAUGCUACGCAACCCAUGCCAACAGCUACUGCGGCUCCCUCUGCUCCACCCACCCUAUUUAAUCCAGCCUCGGCUAUGCCAGCAGCCGCCAAGCCACCGGUUAAUGAAAACUUAACACAGCCACCACGUCCACUCAGUACAGCCAGCUCUCAAGGCGGCACUUCAACUGGUGGUGGUUUACCUUCCAGAUCCAAAUAUGUAUUAGAUCCUUCAGUAGCACCUAGCGGUCCCAUGGGCGGCUAUGGCAAUACCUAUAAUCCAGCACCAGCUCCUCAACAAACUGUACCCACCUCCUUUAAUACUACACCCUUUAAUGCUAAUUCCAUAGCAGCUCCGGCACCUUCUAUUAUGCAGCCCUCAUUUAAUCCUACACCCUUCAGCAACAACUCCUACAUGCCCGGUGUAGCACCCAUUGAGACAGCUCAAGCUGUGGUGCCACCACCACCCAUGCAAACCAUACAACGUAAUCCCACACCGCCACCAGGUUGGAAUGAUCCUCCAGCCCUAAAAACAAACAGACAGACUAAAAAAGUUGAAAGUAAAACAAGUGCGGCCCCAAUUACUCAUCCCUUGUUUGGUGUUGAUCCCAAUCAAAAUCAAAACGGUUAUAUGGAUCCUAAUGCUCAUUAUCAACAGGGAGGUAUGCCACCGCCUACUUCACAAACUGGAGUUCAACAGCAAGCAAAUAUUUUAAAUCCCAGCCAACCACCCAUGAUGAGUGGUGGCGGCGGUUCAUAUUAUAAUCCGCAAAUGCAGCAAAAUAAUAAUUUACCCAAUCAGCCAAUGAAUUUCCAAACAUCAGCUAUUCCCUCACAACAGCAACAACAUACACAAUCUUGGCAAAAUCAAUCCACUCAGCAGGGCAUGAUGGGUUAUCCCGAUCACUCUGCCCAGCCACAACCGCAAAUUAAUCCUAGGCAACCAGAACCGCCUAAGGAGAAGCCACCACUACCCGAAGAAUACAUUUAUUUGCAGACUGUACUCGAAGAGUUGAAGACAAAUUGUUUGAAUGCCGCAAAUGAUCCGCGCACUAAACGUAAAUUUGUAGAUGUCAAUAAGCGUAUGGAAAAUCUCUAUGACUGUUUAAGAGAUGGCCGUCUUAAUCCUGCUACAAUUGAUGCUUUAAAUCAAAUUAUACAAUGUAUACAAAUCGGUGACUAUGGCAAUGCCCUGCAGGUACACACACAAAUCGCAUUCGGUUCAGACUUUUCUCAAUGUGCUGGUUUUAUGCCGGGCCUCAAGGUGCUCAUACAAUCGGCCAAUGAAUUACAAGUGUAUUUACGAUAGAUUGUAUUACUUGUGUGUUUAACUAAUAAUAUCAGCAAACAAAAAAACUUACUAACAUAUAAUUAAUUCAAUAAUUUUUGCAAUAUUAUAUUCCAUUAUCGCUAUACAAAUGAUAUGACCUUUUUUCUUUUUUCUUGCUUGUUUAAUUUGCAUUUUUAAGUUUAUCUUGUUGUUUAUUACUUUUUAUUUUGUUUUGGUAAUUUAAAAAAAAAACUGGCUUUAAUUAUUUUAAUUUUACUCUAUUUUCUGUGUUUAAAUGUUCGGUUUAAAUGUUAACAUUUCUGUUAAUUAAGAAAGUGCUGUUUAUUUUUUCAUUAUUAGCUACAAAUUUUUUAUAGUUUGCUUCUUAACAUUUAUAAAUGCAAUUAUGUUUUAAACAAAUUAACAACCACAUGUGUUAUGUAAACGAGAAAUAAAUAAAAUAUAUAGAUAUAAAAAUUAAUAAA